UAAGCACCCUCUGUACCGGCCUAGUCGAAUGGAGGACUCAAAUUACGAUCCGGUGUCGCUGAACGCGCCCUCAGGGCCUGCGGCGGGAGAGGAGGAUCGGACAGACGUCGGCGUCGCCUCGCGGGUGUCCCAAAUGGGUCUGUGCCAUGUGUUCCCUUUCCUCAGCGCCGGAAUCUACGUGUUUGACAUUGCUACAGAUAUCGCGUUCAUCGUCAUGUUGUUCCAGCACGCCCGCGAGUGGGGUGUCGUGCAUGCAGGUCUCAACCUCAACGCAUGGGCGGGCAUCCUCAUCAUACUCCGGAUUGCUGGCGGCAUUUUGGCCAAUCUUUGUGCCACUUUGGAAAGGAUCGAUGCUGAAAAACUCGAUCACCUGACGAAGUUGGCGCUCUUCCUGCUGUGUCUGCUGCCUGACCAUCAGCUCCUCACGGCCAUGUGGUGGCACCUGGGCAUGGCGGUCGGGCAAACCAGGUCAGUGUCCGUGAUGGAGUGGGCAGGAUUUACGCGGCUACUGCACGGCAUGGUGGUGACAGUGCCGCAAGCCAUAUUCCAGACAUACUACUUGGUCACUGUUCGCUUUUAUCUGCCAAGUGUGCCUGCGGUUUUGCCUAGUAUCAGCAUAACCGUGUCCGUGCUGAGCGCCGCACUGGGCUUCACCUUCCACGUUAUCUACAAGUAUUAUGACUCGCAGAGGGAUUACCCGGAUCCACUCAAAUCAACCCUGCUCGCUCUCGCCUCCUUCUUCAUUAUCGGCGGCCGCAGUCUCACCGUGGCCCUGGUAGCCUUCGCUUACUGGCCGUGGUUCAGCUUAAUGUGUCUCCUGCUGAUCUGGCUGUCGCUGCUGGUGGUGUGGACGGUGAAGGUGCAUUUGGCGGGCGGCAACCCCCGGGAGUCGCCCGGCGUGCGCUGCCUGAUGGCCGCCGUCGAAAUCCUCGUCUCGGCCGCGAGCUGGAAGUGGUACCUCACCUUGACUCUGUCCUUCAUCUUCCUCAGCGUCGCCUACUUCAUCCAGGGCUACACCCAGGCUUUCCAGGCAGUUCUGUUCGGCGUGGCCAUGUGCGCGCACCUGCUCGGCUUCCUCCUCCUGCUGGCCUCGAGGGGCGUCCACGAGAAGGCCUUCUAUGAGACGCUCCAGAUAAAGAGAGCAGCCGGGGACGAAUAGGCAAGCGCUCGCGAGACUAGCAUGCGGUGAUAUAAUGUAAAUUUAACCUUUCUUCUCUCUAUAUAUACUCUUACUCAUUCUCUUUCUUUCUCUUUCUUCUGAUGUAUAGAUGCAUAUCUUGUUCUGUUUGUGCCAUCGCCAAUGCGGUGUUUGACGGCGCCUUGAUGACAUCGUGUAGUUGUCUUUCUACUAGGGUGGUUGAUCCAUGAUCCCUCCCCAGCGGAGAGAUGCAUAUAUUUACAUUGCAUAU